UCGCAUAAAAUCAGCUGUUUUCAUGACUCCCGGGAUGGAUGACAAUUCUGAACUUCGUCUGGUCGGAAUAUUUGUUAUGUUCGUCCUUGGUCUCAUCACGUUCUCCUUGCUUGUUGUUAAUCUUAGUGACUACGAUAGCCUCGACAGUAAUAAUAUUUUAGGAAGAGAAACUUUCACAGAUGAUUAUCAUUUUGGCCGCUUUAUGGACGACGAAGCGCUAGUAAAAAGCUUGAAGCUAACCAUGCUGAAACAUCCGACUGACACGACCGAACAUAUUACAAACAAACCUAUUCGAAGCAAAAUUGACUUCCUCCUAUGGAGCGUGAUGGGAAAAAAAGUGAACGGUGUCUUCAUGGAUUUUGGCGCGGGAGAUGGCAUCAGAUACUCGAGGACUCUUUGGCUGGAGGAAACCAAAAACUGGAACGGGAUCCUGAUCGAGGCGAACCCGUUGAUGAAACCACGCCUUAAUGAAUCAGGCCGGAAGGCCAAAAUAUUCUCCAGCUGUCUCGGUCUACAGAAAUAUCCGUAUAUUGGCGCGUUAGGUUUAAGGUCAAAUUACGGCAGUCGGCUUCUCGACGACGACUGGAUCAUUUAUGAAACAAUAGUCGAUGUUGACUGCUACCCAAUGUACACUUACUUUCUCGCCGCUGGGUACAAGUCCGUCGACCUUUUGGUUUUGGACAUCAACGGGAGAGAAAUAAACGCCCUCAAGACAACACCGUGGAGCAAAGUGGACAUUAAGGCUCUUCUUGUAAGAUACGUAACACGGGACGACGUGACAGAGAUAGUAAAUUAUUUAACGAAAGAAUCACGGAUCCUAUACGAGUUUGUCUAUUACGUCGAGUCAAUCUCAACCUACUUGUAUUUCGUCCAGUCAGAUAUUUUCAGAAAGUAUAAACAACAAGACAAGAGGGGAGACAGAGACAAAAGGACGUCCAGAUUUCCCGAAUAGUACUUUUUGUCAGGGGUCGUCAUGAGAAGAUUAAAGCCUUUUCUAUUAAGACGUCAUCACAACCACCCCUUGUUUUAUGUGACCAAACCCUCUACGCUUUACCGUAACAAUGUCCUCUCAUACUCGCAAAUAACAAACAAUUUUUCAUAUUUGUAUUUUACCUUGCCUUUGGUGGCGUUAUUGUACUUUCUUUAAUGAA